AUGGUACUUGACAGUUAUUCCCUUCUGAUUGUCUCCCGUUUUUUUGAGUAUGAUUCUGACUUUAUCAACAUCACAUUUGUGUGUAAAAAGUUUCGGGAUACCUUAGAGAAAUUACAUUACAAUCCGAUUCCAAUCAGUUUAAAAACGGCUCAUCUUUUUCCAAAAUUAGAGACGCAAUACCUCUACACAGAAAAAGAUGAAGUGAUUGAAUGUCCUCUCCACAAAAAGAUGUACACUGUGACACUAACUGACAAAAUCAAUCACCCAAAUUUCACAUACACAAAAGUUGUGUUGGACCAAAACUCAGUUACUUCAAAGAAGCUUACGACCAUCCCACAUGAUGUCCAAGGCAUUGGAGCGCAGUGUUUCCUUCACAGUGAAAUGACUUCUUUAGUUCUUCCAAACAACAUUAUUACAUUAGAAGAGUCCUGUUUUGAAAGUUGUUCAAAAUUAGAGAGUGUGACACUUUCUCCUCAUGUGAGUGUCCUCCCCUUCUGCUGUUUCAUGCGGUGUGGCAGUUUGAAGCGCUUUGUUAUUCCACGCACAGUGCAGUAUAUGUCCAACGCCAUCUUCUUUGACUGUACGAGUUUAUCGGAAGUGAUUUUUGAGAACGAUAUAGACGAACUGUACGAAGAGACUUUUGCGUAUUGUGUUCGUCUGAGUAAAAUUGUGUUACCAAAUUCUAUCAAGAAGAUUGGAUUGGGCUGUUUUAGAUUUUGUGUGUCAUUACCGUCUUUACACCUCCCCGAGAAGUGUUUAGUGUUAUUUGACAAAUGUUUUGAAGGGUGUUCGACACUCUCAAAAGUGACGUUACCAAAACAUUUAGCCUCUGUCGAAUUCGGCUGCUUUAAAGAAUGUUUCUCAUUAAGAGAAUUAGUCUUCCCGGAGAGUACCGUCCACUUCGGAGUUAAUGCCUUUUAUGGGUGUACCAGUUUAACGCAGUUUAAAGUCCGACUGGGCUACGGGCAGAAACACCUUUCAGACAUUUCAACGACAGAGCACCGAGUCUUGUCGGUCUUCCCAAUCACAUUCCCCCGCGUUUUAUUGGAGAAAGUCGACGCUCAAGAGAUCAUCGACUUCUACAAAACUAACAUCGUCGUGAUUCCAGAAAACGUCUGCACACGACUGGGACAAAGCUGUUUCCAAGGAUUGAAGUUUGCGGAAGUCUUGAUACCAUAUUCCGUCGAAUCGAUAUUGGAAGAGGCCUUCAAGAAUAGCACCGGCUAUACGACGAUUUAUAUUCCAAAUUCAGUGACGAUGAUCGGAACUGCUGUAUUUAAAGGAUGCACCGAUCUGAGAUAUAUCACUCUUCCAAAUACUAUUCAAGAACUGAAAAAGGAGGUCUUCGCAAAUUGCGUCUCGUUGACUUCAAUUGAAUUUGGGAAGAACAUCGAGAAGGUUGGGGACUACUGUUUCCAAGACUGUCAAUCCCUCGUUCAAAUAGACAUCACUAAUGUGAACAAAUUGGGACUUGGAGUGUUCGAGGGGUGCACCGCACUGACUGCAAUUGGAAAUAUAGAAACGAAAGAUAAAAAGUAUAAAGGGAAGGUCUCUUUGAAUGAAGUAAGUGUUUUAGAACGACUUCACUGUGAAUUUGACACUGUUUAUAUUACACCACAAGAUACGACUCAAAAUGAAGUCUUUGAAAAAUUACAAUACAAAGUGGUACUGACAGAUUGGUGCUUUAAAGAUACUCAAAUUAUUGAAUAUAAGAUCCCUGAUAAUGUCACUGAGCUUGGGGUUGGUGUGUUUGCGAACAGCAUGUUCUUAACACAAGUCACUAUUUCUAAAAAUGUUGUUUUGAUGAAGGAGCACUGCUUCUCCAAGUGUGCGAACUUGAAGCGAGUAGUUUUUGAGAGUGAGACGACGACAGUAGGGCCGUGGUGUUUCUCUGAAUGUCCAUCACUUGUUUCUAUUGUUGGGAUUCACGAGUUGAGUAACACUGUGUCAUUCAAUUUAAGUCGUGUGCUUCGAUUGAAUCACAUCACAUAUCACAAACUUGCGUUGAGCACGAAAAAUGUCCUUCGGGAGGUUAUUAAUAUGAACCAAAACAUCAAUGUGUAUAGUUUGGGACAACAUGGGACUCAAGAAGAUUCAACAGAAACAAUCAUUCCAAGUAACUGUAUUGAAAUUGAUAAGAAUGCGCUUGCUGGAGAUUGUCAUGUAGAGACUAUAGUCAUUCCAAGCAGUGUCACUAAGUUGAAUGAAUGCUGUUUUGGGUAUUGUUCGUAUGUCAAAAAGGUGAUCUUUGAAACGACACGAGUGACGGAAAUACCAAAAGAGUGCUUUGCUACGUGUUACGAAUUGGAAUCAAUUCAUCUCCCACGUUCUAUCACUUCAAUUCAAGAAGAUGCCUUCGACAGUUGUAACGCUUUGACUUCAUUCACUAUUAGUAAUAGCGUGAAAGAUAUUGGAGAGGAGGCUUUUGGGCAUUGCGUCAACUUAAAAGCACUCUUCUUCGAAGAGAACAGUCUCAUUCGAAGUCUUCCCAAUUCAUUUCUCUUCCAAUCGAUUGCGGUGACUGAAAUCAAUCUUCCACAAGGACUCACCGAAAUCGGAUUCUGCUGUUUUCUCGAGUGCUACUCUCUUGUGACACUCAAACUCCCUCAGAGUCUAUUAAAGAUCAAAGAAAAUGCAUUCAAAAAAUGUUAUUCCCUUCAUUCUAUCGUUCUUAAUGAUGGACUCCAAUCAAUUGGGAACUUCUGUUUCUGUCAGUGCAAUGCUUUGAAAACAUUAUCCAUCCCAUCGACAGUCACUUUCAUUGGUAUUUCAUGCUUUUUAGACUGUGGCGUCGUCAAUUUAAAUCUUCCACUUCUGUGUAUUGAGAGUGUCGAUGCGAGUCUCUUCGACACUCUUGCUUUAACAAAAUUCACAAUAAACAACGAAGUUAUAACAAACAUAAACUACACUGUCUCGUAUAGUGCAGCGAAGAUGUUUGGUGAGAUUGGAAUUACGUGCGACUGUGUUAUUUACACUCGAAAGGAUCGUUUGAAAUAUGGGAAUACCAUUCCUCCAAAUGUGUGUGCAUUGGACGAUUUCUGUUUUAUCGGAAGUGGUCUGCAAACAAUUAAAGUCCCAAAGUCCGUUAAACGUAUUGGUCAUGCCGUCUUUGAAAAGUGCACUGUGGAGAUCAGUAAUAGUAAUACAAAGUAUGAGCAUGACUCCUUUAUUAAUUGCCCGGGCAAUGAGUCGUGUGUAUUCGUUUAA